AAAAAACUCUUCUUUCCACGUCCAUUAACCACCACCCAUUUCCCUCCAAUUCUCUCCUAACAGAUAAUCCCCGAAUGGCCUCUUCGCAGCUCUUCUCACCCACCAUCACCCCCAAAACCACCGCCACCGCCAUCUCCACCAUCACCCACCAAUCUCUCUUUCUCUCCUCCAAUCUCCCAUUUCCUGUUUUCCACUCCAAGAAUCAGAGACCAAUCACAAAGCUCCAUGUCUCCUCUCCAACUAACAAACCCAUCACCACCAGCACCACUUCUUCAUCAAAAAAACCCAAUGAAGAAACCAUCUUUUUCGAUGGAGGAGCACACUACGGUGACUUAGUAGCUAAUCUGCUUCUGGGUUUCACUCUUCUUUGGCUACCAUUAACUCUAGCUGCAGUUUCAAGGGCAUUCUUUCUUAGAUACAGGUUUACUAACUUAAGAGUGACGGUUAUUUCUGGAUUUACAGGUCAAGACAGAAGUGACUUCUCUUAUAAAGUGAUUAAGGAUGUCCAAGUUGUUCCUCGUUUUAUAGGUGAAUGGGGUGAUAUUGUUAUUACCUUGAAAGAUGGCACUAAAGUUGAUCUUAGGAGUGUCCCUAAAUUUAGAGAGAUUGCCAAGUAUUGUCUUGCUAUGGCUGAAAAGCCCGUUGUUUUGAAGGAGAAUGGACCUAAAGGGUUUUAAUAAGGUAUGUGAAUCCUUUUUCUUUUCUUUUUUUUCUUGUUCGGUUUGGGGGGGAGGCUGAAUUUUGUUGAAUUAAUGUUGCAGUUACUAAUGAUAUAUCUUAUAUACAGUACCAUUGUGAAGA